AGCUCUCGCAGAACGAAAGAAAUAAGCCCGAUCUCGUACCGUCACUUUCAACCGCAACGACCACGAUCCCCGCCCGCCAUGUUCGGUCGUCGCGUCUUCGCCAGCGCACCGCUGCCGCGGCACAUGUGGGCCAAACUGCACAUCCAAAACGCCGCCCAGGCGCGGCGGAUGCUGCCCUCGCUGGCACCGCUCGCUUCUUCUCUGGGUCGUAGCACGAACGUCCUGAAUAGUCAGGCGCUAACGCAGGCGCGGGACGGCAUGGCAUCCGAAACGGGAGCGGCGGCGCUGGAGGAGCUGCUCGCGUCGCAGUUCGGUGCUGUUGCACCGGCGGUGCCGAAUAUUGUAUUCCUCGGCAUUGGAAAGUUUGCCGUUCCGGUUAAUAUGCCACUUGUGAGCUUUUUGGAGCUGUGCAAACAAACACUAAUGCAAAAGGGAGGUGGAUGUGACGGUUGA